GCAUACUGAGACAUUCUGAGGCUUUACAUACAAAUGCAUCUAACUUGAUAAUGCAUCUCAAUUAAGAUAUUUGCAGCUUCUCUGCCAUAAACCAAUAAAGAUACAAACUUUUAACAUUAAUCUUAACAUUAAGCUAAAUCGCCAUUUUGGAAGACCUUCUAAAUUUUUGUUCUGGGCUGGAAGACAGUUGUAAUGGAUCCUGAAAAGAAUGAUAUACCAAACAAACUGUUUACACUGGUAAUGAUUAUGAGGAAUAAUAAGCUUCUACUUGGAAUGAAAAAGCGGGGAUUUGGAAAAGGCCGAUGGAAUGGAUUUGGUGGGAAAGUCCAAGAAGGCGAGCGAUUGCUUGAUGCAGCAAAAAGGUCCAACUUGCCUAGGGAAACGUUGGAAGAGUGCUGUUUGCAUAUCAAAGACCCUAAGCAUCUUGCCAAGAUAAUUUUUGAGUUCAAGGGUGAAACACAGCUACUAGAGGUUCAUCUUUUUAUCUGUGAGAAUUUUGAGGGAACUCCUACAGAAACUGAAGAAAUGCAGCCAAGAUGGUUUGAUUUGGACAAAAUCCCCUACGAUGAUAUGUGGCCUGAUGACAUCUUUUGGUACCCCUUACUCUUCAAAAAACAACAUUUUGAGGCAUACUUUUUGUUUGAGGGUCACAACAUCAUCCUUGAAAAGAACAUAAGAGAGGUUUCCGGGCAGGAGAAGUGUCCUACCUGACAAUAUUGAGAAGAAAACACUUGAAGCACUCACAGUGGAAGAUAAAAUCUUUCAGGUAUUACAAUAUUGGCAAAGGAUGAAAUGAAACAUUCUUGGUAGAAUCUAAUAAUGCUCUCUUACAAUUUUGCCCCAAAAUACAACGGACAAAAUAAUCUAAAAUUCUUAUUCUAAAAUCAAUUGAAGUUCACCAUUUGCAAUUUUAUUGACAAGGUUCAGCACUUCGGAAGAUAUUGAUCAGACAAAUAUGACAUAUAGUCCCUAAAAUUAAAUACAGUACUUUUUAGGCAACAUUAAUCAUGGUUUACAAAAAGUAUAUAAUUUCUGCGUAAGAUGCAUUUAGCCAAAAGAUAUGUUGCUAUAAGGAGGAACAUCCUUGAGACAUGAUAAGAAUUGCACAAGCAAAUAUUUUCCAUGUCCUUACCUUAAAACACUGUACUAAAAACGAGUAGAUUAAAUUCUUUGCAGUCAAUUUGUGUGUCUUUAACUAGCUAGAUAAAACACAUCUAAAACCCGCAAGAAUUCCAGUUUGACAACCUAUCCUGGCCUUGUAUUUGAAAUAAUUCUUGAUGUUUCUUUAACGGCCUUGAUUUAGAUAUUUUGUGUAUAGUAUUUUCUCAAAUACAAACCACACCAAAUUGGCAGCUGCCCUCAGAUAAAGUUUGAUAAUAAAAUAGGAAAUAAAAUUUGCACUAGAAACUAAAUUGAUUUAUCAUGACUAUCAUUUUCAAAACCGGAUACCCAUGGUUAGAGACAUCACAAAGAAAAAGGAACUAUAACACAAGUAUUUUAUGUGAUUAUUGAUUCUAAAAUAAUAAAUGUAUAUUACAGAGA